AUCACUGAACAUGGGCAGCCAGCGAAAGGACAGCUUCCUUUAUGGGAAAGCCUCCUCAGACUUCACUGUUCAUGAGAAGAAACAGCUGGAGACCAUGAGGAUCCAUAAGAGUGACAUCAUGGAUGAUAUUCAGAAACUGAGGCUGGAGAUCGCGAGCGUCAUGAGUGAGAUCGAGAACAUGGCCUCGGAUGAGGAGAACAAAUCAGCAGUGCGGACAAAGCGAUUUCUUUGCGGAAAGAAGAAAUUUAACAUGGAUCCUAAAAAGGGUAUUCAGUACCUGGUGGAUAAUUGCCUGCUGGAAUGGACACCAGAGGCAGUGUCGGAAUUCCUCUACAAGGAGGAUGGGCUUAACAAAACCGCCAUUGGCAACUUUUUAGGAGAAAGAGAAGAGAUGCAUCUUCAGAUCCUCAAAGCUUUUGUGGACCUCCAUGAAUUUUCAGACUUGAAUUUAGUGCAGGCACUGAGGCAGUUCCUGUGGAGUUUCCGCCUGCCUGGCGAGGCUCAGAAGAUAGACCGCAUGAUGGAGGCCUUCGCCACGCGCUACUGCAACUGCAAUACGGGGGUCUUUCAGUCCACAGACACCUGCUACAUCCUGUCCUUCGCCAUCAUCAUGCUGAACACCAGUCUGCACAACCCCAACGUGAAGGACAAGCCCAACCUGGACCGCUUCAUCUCCAUGAACAGAGGCAUCAACAACGGGGGAGACCUGCCCGCCGAGCUCUUAACGAAACUCUACGAGAGCAUUCACAACGAGCCAUUCAAAAUUCCCGAAGACGAUGGCAAUGAUCUCACACACACGUUCUUCAACCCGGAUAGGGAGGGAUGGCUACUUAAAGAAGGGGGCAGAGUGAAGACAUGGAAGAGGAGAUGGUUCAUUCUGACAGAUAGUUGCCUAUAUUACUUCCAGUACACGGCAGACAAGGAGCCCAAAGGCAUCAUUCCACUGGAGAACCUGUGUGUCCAGGAGGUAGAGGAUCCCCAUAAACAGUUCUGCCUGGAGCUGUUCAGCCCCCAGGGCAAGAAGAUCAAGGCCUGUAAGACGGAGACGGAUGGCAAGGUGGUGAUGGGCAAACACCAGUCGUACCGCAUCAGCGCCGCCACCGCAGAGGAGCGUGACGACUGGAUCACCUCCAUACGGGCCAGCAUAACGAAGGACCCGUUCUACGACCUGGUGUCCAUGCGCAAAAGGAAGAUUGCCAACAACGUGGAGGCUGCCGACUGAACCAACACCUCGCAACCAAAGAGCAUCACUUGUCAUUAAAGGAUGACCUUUUGAAUCUUUUUUUUGUUAAGUCCUUCGGUUUCAUAAAAUGGAGAUUCAGACAUGCACCAACCUGCCUGUUCCUGAAGAUGGACUUUGUUAUUAGCAAUGUUUUCUCAAACCCAUAGUGGAGAGAGGUACUGAAAGUGAUGGUCGACACACCACAUUGACUGGAUUUGUGGUGCGGUGGCUUUAAUUACCGUAGGCUUUUCUUCCAAUGGUGUACCAUGUCGAACAUACUAACAUUCCCAACUUCCUGUGAGUAGGGUUGAAUUUGGAUGUGGAGGCUUUAGAUGUCAUGUUUUCCCACUUGUUUAACUCCUGUACUGCUAAGCAGUGUUAUAAAGUAGGCUAAUGUUGAUGUAUUUUUUGAAAGCUUCAAAUGUGCAACGAGGAAUCAAUGUCACACUGUAUCAUGUGGUUGAUAGUGUGUAAUGUGUACACAUGGUGUACUCGUGUUUUUUCCUCAGUGUAAUGUAAAAAAUGUAAAUAAGAUAUUAGGAUCCACGUCUAUAAAUGUCUGUACAGAUUUGAUUUAUUUAAUAAAUAAAUGCAGUAUUAAAGACUGCGUACAGAGACUAGGCUGGUACAUGUCUAUUACAUCUCAAGAUUCACAGACAGGCAACAUUUACAGUAGCCUGCAGUCAUGCUCCUCAAACCAGAAAAAAAGUGUUUUAAAAAAAAGAAAAUUAGAUAGGGAAACAAACCUCUCUGCACAAUUUUAAACACCCACACUUAAUACAUUGAUGAAACAUGUUUAGGCUACUUCAGUCCUUACAAUUCAUCGUUGCAGCACUUUUUAAUGGAUGAAUAUGCUAAAUAUACAGGUACUGUACGCUAUAGCUCCUGUAACAUCACCAGGGUAAAAGGUGCCAACAGAGGGCGCUGUUUCAAUACUCUGCUGUUUAAUGCCACAGACAUGCCUCAAGCUGUUUUAUGAAGCACUAGGUUGGAAUGGUAUUUGUCACACAUGCACACAGGCGCACCCACCCACACACGCACAUAAACAUGUAGGCUGCACGCAAACAGCUCUGUCUCGCUUGAGUGCAAACAUUUGAAUCAUAACAUAUGCACACAUACAUGCACGCACGCUCACACACACAGCUGCAGAGAACCCAGCUAAACUCUUUGUGAACUGUCAAACUCUGGCCAUGGGUCGUAUCUCCCUAAGCUUUUUUUUUUUUUUUUAAAGAAAAUGAAAACCUAUUAUUAAACUUGCAGAACAUCCAAAACAUUUGAAUGUAGGUGUGAUCCACUGCAGUGCAUUAAGUGUGAAGCAAAGUAAAGACGAGUGUCAGUCAGUGUAAGCGUGCGUGCUUCUGCUCUCCUCUGUCUUCCUGUGGUUGUGUGUCACUUCCUCCCUUCAGAAGCCAGCCGAGUGUGCUUUUCUGUGUCAGCAUAGGAGGAGGAUGCGGUGGGCUGUGGAGGGAGUGGGUAUCUUGAAAAGACUUGCUAGACUAGGGAUGCAUUCCGAUAUACAAACCUUGCGUCCUCCACUUGUGCUUGUGCCCUCACGUUUUGCUGAUGCCCUGCCUCCGUGGAGAAAACAAUUACGUUUCCCCGCUGUCAGCCUAGCCGCAACAAUUUUUGGGGGACUAUUCUUCAUUCACCAUCCAGUUUGUAAAUGAGAGAAUGACUUUACAAUUGAGCUUUUGCAAGAUAUUGAAAUAUAAUGCUGUUGUCAGUAAUGUCAUCAUGACGUAUUACUUCCUGGUACGAGGCCACAAGCACCAGUGGAGGACGCAAGGUCACAUAUUGGAACGCACAC